CAGAGAGCCAAUUCCAGCGGCGUCAGAGUAAAGUCAUAUUCUCAGCAUUUGUGUGUGAAAUUAAUUCUCGUUUCUGUGAUUCGUAAUGUCGGCCACCGAAGAAGUUGCAGCCCCGGCCGUCGAGCAACCGGCGACGGAGGCUCCUGCUGUAGUGGAGCCCAAGCAGAAGGCUGAGAAGCCUGUCAAGGAGAAGAAGCCCAAGGCCCCCAAAGAGAAGAAGCCGAAACAGCCCAAAACCGCUGCUCAUCCCCCAUACUUCCAGAUGAUCAAGGAGGCUCUGUUGGCUCUGGACGAGAAGAGCGGGUCGAGCCCGUACGCCAUAGCCAAGUACAUGGAAGAGAAGCACAAGCAAGAGCUUCCAUCAAACUACAAGAAGAUUUUGGGUCUGCAGUUGAAGAACUCGGCCGCGAGAGGGAAGCUCAUCAAGAUCAAGGCGUCGUACAAGCUCUCUGAGGCGGGCAAGAAGGUCACGGUCGCAAAGCUCACCAACGCAGAGAAAAAGCCCAAGCCCCAACCCAAGGCCAAGCAGACAACCAAGGCCAAGGCCAAGGCCAAGCCGACUACCAAGGCGGCUCCGAAGGCUAAGGCGGCGGCAGCGGCGAAAAAGCCCGAGGUUGCGGCGAAGAAGCCUGAAACCGCCGUUAAAAAGGCACCGAAGAGGAAGGCGAGCACUAAGAUUGUUGGGCCUGGGCCCAAGAAGCCCAAGAAGUCGACCCCUUCUAAGCCCAAGCAGCCCAAGUCCAUCAAGUCCCCUGCCGCCAAGAGGGCCAGGAAGGCCGCUGCUAAAUAAGUGUUAAAAUAGUUUAGGCGUCUCUCUGUCUCUGUGUAUAGGAAAUGGAAUCUCUGGUUUCUCUGAAGCAAGUUUUUGCUUUUAACUUUCAAGCACUAGAUGUAAUUCUCCCGUAAUCUGCUUUUAGGAGUUAUAAUGGAACUGACAUUUUCAGGCU